GAGUAACGCGCUGAUAAAAGAUGACCGAACUCAAAGAUUGGUUAAUUUGGCCCUGGCUGGAUCCAUUGGGAUGACACUAGUCAUUCUGGCUUGCGCUCUACCACCAUACAAUUUGUGGUGGCCAAGUUUUGUCAUACUAUUCUAUAUAUUUUCCGUAAUUCCAACGCUUAUCAUCAAGAGAUCAAUGCAAAGUGCACUGUUUGGGCCAUCGUACGUUGACCUCUCGAUAUUUCUAACAAUGGGAUUCAUUGUCAGCAGUUUUGGGCUCCCGAUUGUUUUGGUGCGAUGUGGCAUUAUUUUACUAGGCGCAUCUGUCUUGACAAUUUGUGGAAAUAUCGUGGUAUACUUGACGAUUUUCGGUUACUUUUUGUUUUUGGACCCGGAUGAAACCACAUACGGUGGCAUGGCUUAAACAUUCACCCACAUGUCAAUAGAAAAAUAAACAAAAACAAAUGUGAUGUAGACCGGUACAUGACUCUUAACCAUACCAAGAAAAAAAAAACCAAAACAACGCAUCUAGUCAGUGAUGUCCGAAUGAACGAUUCUCUUUUUAUUUGUUUUAAUGUCUGCGAUUUUUUGUCGUGUAUCAAUAAUUGCCAAUGAUGAUUGUAGUUUUCCCUUUUCCAUAAUCUUAUAAAAAAUUAUCCAAAUAAAACUACAUAAUUUAAUGAAUACAAGAAAGAUUUUACGAAA